AUGCUUAACUCCAGAAGGAAUGUUGUACCAAAUCCUGAAUUGGAAACACUCAGAGCAAAAGCACUUUUGGAAACAUCAUCGGAAACAACAGAAUGGAUAUUACACUUGAUUAAAAAAACAUCAUCAAUUCAUGCAGGUUUUUUAUUUGAGGAUUUGAAAACCUUACAAAAUUUAUGUUUGUACAUAAGUGAAACACCCAAUAAAAUAACAAAUGCAGGUUGGGAAAGUUUAGGUUAUCAUUUAGGACUUAGCAUUAGCUUGCUCAAGGUAAUCAAUCACAAUAAUUUCAGUAAAGAAGAUCCUUGUUUUAAUGUUUUAUUAGCAUAUGUUCAAUAUGAGAAAGCAUCGAUUGGAAAUAUACUAAAAGCAUUACAUACAAUGGGAAGACUUGACGUUUUAAGCAGGAUAAAAAAUUCGAUAAACACAUUAGCAGACAUCAUAUUACAAUGUAAUAAUAUGAACAUAAAUAAUAGUGUUAUCGAUGACACAAGUGAUUACGAAUCACUUCCAACAUCCGAAGGUUGCAGCGCGAGUUACGACAGUUCAUUUGCUUAUUCCGAAACGGAAUCCAUGAUAAAACCUAAAUUAAUACCUCCGGCUCCAUUCAUUUUUCAAAAUUUAAAACACAAUUUGGAUGACGUCACGCAAAAAAUACAACAAGCCGUUCACGAUUCGGAAUCGUUCGACUCGUUGUCGAAUGUCAACGAAUCUAAUGGCGUCGUCGUGGAAAAAUAUAAAAUUUUAAAUCAUAACGAUUCGGAAAAUAAUUUUAUGAAAUUCAUUAAAGAAAGAUUGGAUAAAUCGACCCGCAUCAUUAAUAAUAAUAAUAAAAAUAAUAAUAAUAAUGAUAAUAAUUACAAACCGCCACCGAGAAAAAAAAAAUACGCAUUGAAAAUAUUUUUAACAUUUGCACAAGAUGGCGAACAUUACGCAGCGGAAAUAGCAAAAAAAUUAAGAAAUAAUAAAAAAAAAGAUGGCGACGACGACGACGACGACGACGACGAUUCGCAAAUCGGUGUACUUAUUUUAUCAGAACACGUGGAAUUAGUUACAUCGGAUCCGCAAAUUUUCAUCGAGGGAUCUUUUCAUCAGGUCGAUUACGUUUGUCCGAUAAUAACGCCCGAAUAUUACAAAUUAAUAACGAGAAAAGAAAAAAUGAUGACGUCAUUAGAAAUGGAAAAAUUUAACAACAAUAAUCAUUUGGAUGCGUGUUUCGUACAAUACAUUUACCGACUUAUGAACACUCAUUUCGUUGCAAACGAUUGUCUUAACGAAAAAAUAAGGUGCAUCAUACCUGAAAAAACAUUUUCCAACUUUUCCAUUCGUCGUUUUUUACUAACGAAUCCAAUAUUCGGAUCCUGGUUUAAUUACAACGACAUCGAUGACGUCGCCAAAUUAUUAUUAAAAGGAUUGAUUUACCUCCACCGUGUUUUCUGCUUUGCGGGGCGGGCGCGGGCGGGUCGGACAAUGACGUAG